AUGAAUGAGUACGGCGGCAAUUACUCGCCAAUAUCAUUAACAGAUAUCGAUUAUCCAGCUUGGUGUCAAGAUGAAGAGGUACCUGUUACCAAAACGGAAUUGAAAUCUAUAUUUGACGAUUUGACUCGUAAAUUUGGAUUUCAACAAUCAUCAAAGGAAAACAUGUAUCAUCAUCUAUUAGCACAGCUGGAUUCAAGGGCUAGUCGGACAACUACACAGAAUGCAUUGUUAUCAUUACAUGUUUCGUAUAUAGGUGGAGAACAGGCAAAUUUUCGGAAAUGGUAUUUUGCCGCCCAAUUGGAUUUGGAUGAAGAGAUUGGGUUCCAAAACAUGAAAUUAAGAGGUAAAUCACAGAGGAGAAAUUUCAAAUCCGCCAAAAAGAGAGGCACUUCUAUUAAGCAACAAAUGGAAGAAUGGCAACAAAGGGAACAAGAAUUUAUCAGCAAUCAUACAAAGAUGGUACUUACCCCAGAACAAUUACAGGAUAAAAAUAGUUUGAGAACCGCUGAUUAUAAAUGGAGAUUAAAGAUGAAACAAUUGACACCUCACCAGAUGGCAAGACAAUUAGCACUUUACCUAUUGUGUUGGGGGGAAUCUAAUCAAGUAAGAUUUACACCAGAAUGUCUAUGUUUUAUAUUUAAAUGUGCAUUGGAUUAUGACGUGUCUACUCAAAAUCCCGUGACUUAUGGCAGUGAUUCAAAGGCCGAGACCGAAACGCAAUCCAAAAAUUCUAACGAAGAGGUCACUGCCACUGGCCCCGCGGCUAACACAAUUGCGCCUACUGCCGCCCCCGAAUACACUUUUUUGAAUGAAGUCAUUGAUCCUCUUUACCAUUUCCUUAAAACUCAACUCUACCGAAAGAAUUCCAAGAACAAAUGGGUUCGCUGUGAAAAGGAUCAUAAAGAUAUCAUUGGAUAUGAUGAUAUCAAUCAACUAUUUUGGUAUCCUGAGGGAAUUGAACGCAUAGUGUUGAAAUCAGGCGAGAGAUUAGUUGAUAAACCAAUAGCGGAAAGGUACUUGUAUUUGAAAGAUGUAGAGUGGUCCCGUGUCUUUUACAAAACUUAUCGUGAAGUUCGAAACUGGAUGCACUGUUUGACAAAUUUUAAUCGUUUUUGGAUAAUCCAUUUUGCUCCCUUUUGGUUUUUCACUACUUUCAACUCCCCGACACUUUACACCAAAAAUUAUGUACAACUGCUUAACAACCCGCCCACUUUACAGGCAAGAUUAUCAGCGGUUGCCCUUGGUGGUACAGUAUCAUGUAUGAUUCAAAUUUUGGCCACUUUUUUCGAAUGGAAAUUUGUACCCAGAGAAUGGCCAGGUUCUCAACAUUUGACUAAAAGAAUGUUAGGUUUGUUAUUGUGUUUUCUAGUCAAUUUCGCACCUUCAGUAUACGUAUUUGGGUUUUUCGAAUUAGACGUACAUUCCAAAUCAGCGUACAUCGUUUCUGUGAUUCAACUGAUAAUUGCUGUCAUUACAACUUUAUUUUUUGCAGUUAGACCGCUUGGCGGAUUGUUUGGAUCAUACUUGAACCGCGGUAAAGGUAAAAGAAGAUACGUCUCAUCACAGACUUUUACCGCAUCUUUCCCCAAACUUUAUGGUCGUUCCAAAUGGUUUUCAUAUGGUCUUUGGACAUUCGUUUUUUUGGCAAAAUUUAUCGAAUCAUAUUUUUUCCUAACAUUAUCGCUCAGAGAUCCAAUCCGUGUUCUUUCUGUGCUUAACAUGUCCAGAUGUCGGGGUGAUAAAUUAUUGAAUCGAUACCUGUGUCAGUGGCAACCAAGAGUUACAUUGGGACUUAUGAUCCUUACAGAUUUAGGGCUCUUCUUCUUAGACACUUAUCUGUGGUAUAUCAUUUGCAACUGUGUAUUUUCCAUCAUGCUAUCGUUUUCGCUAGGUACUUCAAUCUUAUCGCCUUGGAAAAACAUCUAUUCAAGGUUACCCAAAAGGAUCUAUUCCAAAAUUUUAGCAACUACUGAAAUGGAUAUAAAAUUUAAGCCCAAAAUAUUAAUCUCUCAAGUUUGGAAUGCAAUUAUCAUAUCCAUGUAUCGUGAACAUUUGCUUUCUAUCGAACAUGUUCAGCGGCUAUUAUAUCAACAAGUAGACUCGAUGAUGAUGGAUAAGAGAACUCUAAAAUCUCCGACCUUUUUUGUGGCUCAAGAUGAUUCCACUUUCAAGACUGCCAAUUUUUUCCCCUCUAAUUCAGAGGCAAAGAGAAGAAUAUCUUUUUUCGCUCAAUCAUUGUCUACACCAAUUACUGAACCCGUACCAGUGGAAUGUAUGCCCACUUUUACCGUUUUAGUUCCUCAUUAUUCUGAGAAGAUUUUACUUAGCCUUAAGGAGAUCAUUAAGGAAGAAUCAUCAAAGAGUAAGAUAACCGUUCUAGAAUAUUUGAAGCAAUUGCAUCCCUUGGAGUGGGACUGUUUUGUUAGAGAUACCAAAUUGUUAAAUAUCGAAAAAAAUGCAGUGAAUAAAAUUUCCAAAGAAUUGGGGAAAAAGCAAAUAAAAGUGGAAGAUAUGGAGGAAGAAAAUGAAAUUGGAAUUGGAACUGAUAGUCCAACUGCAGAGGCGGCGAAAAAAGAUGAGGAUGAAGGUGAGGAUGAUCUAGUUCAAAAAAAGAUAAAUGACCUGCCCUUUUAUUUCCUCGGAUUCAGUUCUUCUGAAUUUUCUUACACUUUGCGUACGAGAAUAUGGGCAUCACUUAGGGCUCAAACUCUUUAUAGAACGAUUUCUGGUUUCAUGAAUUAUUCUAAAGCCAUCAAACUACUUUACCGUGUGGAAAACCCAUCUAUGAUUCAGCUGUACGGUGAUAAUGUCGACGCACUAGAGAAUGCAUUAGCUAAUAUGGCAAAUAGAAAAUUUAGAAUGUUAGUUGCCAUGCAAAGAUACACAAAAUUCAACAAGGAUGAAAGAGAAGCCACAGAACUACUGCUAAAGGCAUAUCCUACACUGUGUAUCUCUUAUUUGUUGGAAGAGAAACCAUCUCCAAAUAGCUCCAACGGUGACGAUAGUAAUACCGAUCUCGAUGAACCAAUUUUCUAUUCUUGUUUGACCAAUGGGUACGCCGAUAUCGAUAAAGAAACUGGUUUUAGGAAACCUAUAUUUAAGGUCCGUCUUUCGGGCAACCCUAUUCUAGGUGAUGGUAAAUCUGAUAAUCAGAACCAUUCCUUAAUAUUUUACCGCGGAGAAUACAUCCAAGUGAUUGAUGCUAACCAAGAUAACUAUUUGGAGGAAUGUCUUAAGAUCCGGUCUGUGCUCAGUGAAUUUGAAGAAUUGGAUAUGGAAAGUACAAUUCCUUACGUGCCAGGAAUUGAAUAUGAUGAAGAAGCACCACCAGUAGCCAUUUUGGGUGCAAGGGAAUACAUCUUUUCAGAAAAUAUUGGUGUACUUGGAGAUAUUGCUGCAGGUAAAGAACAAACUUUUGGUACGUUAUUUGCUAGAACUUUAGCAGAAAUCGGCGGUAAAUUACAUUAUGGGCAUCCGGACUUUUUGAAUGCGAUCUUUAUGACUACAAGAGGCGGAUUAUCCAAGGCUCAAAAGGGAUUACAUUUGAAUGAAGAUAUCUAUGCUGGUAUGAAUGCCAUUUGUCGUGGUGGAAGGAUCAAACAUAGUGACUACUAUCAAUGUGGUAAAGGUAGAGAUCUCGGAUUUGGAUCGAUUCUCAAUUUCACUACCAAAAUCGGAGGCGGUAUGGGCGAACAGAUGCUUUCGAGAGAAUAUUAUUACUUAGGCACUCAGCUACCCAUCGACCGAUUCCUCUCAUUCUUCUAUGCCCAUCCAGGUUUCCAUCUGAACAACAUGUUCAUCUCCCUAUCUGUGCAACUGUUUUUCCUACUACUUUUGAAUUUGGGAUCGCUAAACCAUGAAACUAUUUUAUGUCACUACAACAAAGACAUGCCCAUCACGGAUUUAGAAAAGCCCGUUGGUUGCUAUAACAUCCAACCUGCAUUGCAUUGGGUGUCCAUCUUUGUUCUUUCCAUUUUCAUCGUUUUCUUCAUAGCAUUUGCACCAUUAGUUAUCCAAGAGUUAUUGGAAAACGGUAUAUGGAGAGCCAUAUCUAGAUUCUUACACCAUCUGUUAUCGUUGGCCCCCCUUUUUGAAGUAUUUGUUUGUCAAGUAUAUUCCAACUCUUUGUUAAGUGAUAUAACAUUUGGUGGAGCCAAAUACGUAUCCACCGGUAGAGGAUUCGCAAUAACUAGAAUUGAUUUCGCUAUCCUUUAUUCUAGAUUUGUUAAUAUUGCGGUCUAUACUGGGGUACAAGUCUUUCUCAUGCUUAUCUUCAGCACGGUGUCCAUGUGGCAACCAGCAUUACUGUGGUUCUGGAUUACUGUGAUUUCAAUGUGCUUUGCGCCUUUCAUCUUUAAUCCACACCAAUUUAAUUUUACCGAAUUUUUCAUCGACUAUCGAAAUUAUAUCCAUUGGUUGUCCAGUGGGAAUACCAAAUACGAAAGGGAGUCAUGGAGCACAUUCGUUAAGACCUCUAGAUCUCGUUAUACUGGUUACAAGCGUAAGACCAUUAACGAUAUAUCCGAGCAAGAUGGUAAAGAUGGUCACAAAGCAAGUCUAGACAAUUUGUUUGCAUCAGAAUUGUUCAUUCCAUUCUUGGUUCUUCUAUUCGAUUUUACCGCUUACAUGUUUAUUAAUGGCCAAACAGGUGUUCAGGAAGUUGAACCAACAAACUCAGUGUUAAGGCUCUUACUCGUCACAUUUAUCCCCAUUUUGUUCAAUAUGAUGGUAUUGUUAAUUCUUUUCUUCAUUUCAUUAUUUGCCGCUCCAUUGACCCAACUAUGUUGUCAUAAUACUGGAACUGUCAUUGCAAGCAUAGCUCAUGCGCUUUCCGUGAUUGUGUAUCUAGUGAGCUUUGAAAUGAUGUGGUUUUUAGAGGGUUGGAAUUUCGCAAGGACGUUAAUCCUGUUGAUCACCUGUAUUAAUUUACACGUUUUUCUUUUCAAAGUCUUUACAGUGUUUUGUUUAACCAAAGAAUUCAAAAAUAACAGAUCAAAUAUAGCAUGGUGGACAGGAAAAUGGUACAAUACAGGUAUGGGAUGGCCAGUCGUCUUACAACCUGUUCGUGAGUAUUCCGUAAAAAUAAUGGAGUCUAGUUACUUUGCAGGUGACUUUUUCCUGGGUCAUUUUUUACUCUAUUUGCAAACACCAUUACUUUUCGUACCAUUCAUCGAGUACUGGCAUCCAAUGCUUCUAUUCUGGUUGAAACCCACAAGCAUUAUCACUUCCAAAAUCAUCUAUACUAGGAAGCAGAAAAGACGCCGGAACAAUAUCUUGAGGAAAUAUUUUCUACUUUAUUUCCUGAUCUUGGGCAUAUUGCUGGUCUUACUGAUUUCCCCAUUUUUCGCGCAUAAGAUAAUCCCUGCUCCAAGCAAGUUUUUCCCAUCGUCAUCUCCAAUAGCUGGAGUGGCACAGCCUAAUAGCCAAAAUAAUAAUGAUACUGGUCCAAAUGCGCCUGGAACCAUAUUGACUACUACGCCACCAAUGCCUCAAUUUAGAACUGUUCCAUGA